AUGCCUUCCAAGCAGAAAAAGGCUGGGUUGCUACAGCUGAUGCCGGUACAACAAGGGAAGUGGGAGCACAUUUGCACGAAAAUUAUCAUUGGAUUGAUAGAAAACGAAGGUUGUAGUAGUAACACUUUCAAUUCUAUUUUAGCGGUGGUGGACCAUAUUUCGAGCCAGCGUAGUUCCAUUGCCCGCAGGAUUCUAAGUUAG